GAAGAACUUCAUCAGUUGUAUCCUUUUGGACAUCCCAUCCCUUGCACCUGGGGAUGACAUGCAAGAUCGCUGUCUAAUAAGUUUGCACAAUAUUUAUAUUAGCAUAGUUUUCACUGCUGUCAUCUGUUCCCUUACAGAUCCUGUUCUAUUUAAAUGGAUUUUAUUACAUCUUUUAUUUCUUGGCAACGCUUCUAAUGAUUAUUUAUAAAAGUCAAGUUUUCAGUUAUCCGGAUAAUUACUUGGCUCUUGAUCUUGCGCUGCUGUUCAUUAUGGCCAUUCUAGAAGCAAUCCGAUUAUACUUGGGUACAAAGGGUAACCUGACAGAAGAAGAGGUUCCACUAGGGGUCAGUCUCGUGAUUACUGUUGGCAGCAUAAUGUUGUCUGUCUACUUCCUGGUGUGGGAGACUUACGUGCUAAAAGCAGACGUCAUUAUUAAUGCUAUUCUUCUUUUUAUGUAUGGACUUGAGGGACUACUACAGAUUAUAGCCAUUGCUGCAUUUGUCAGCUAAAUCUCUGCUGUUCAGAGUUGUAAGGUACAUCUGCUUCCAACAUUUCUUCAGUAAACAGACAACAUGCAUCUUUAAAGUCUAAAAGUAUUUGGUUUCACUUUCUCCAGUGUAAAAUACUGGGAAGAAACUCAUCCUUAUAUUACAGGGUUUAAUAUAGCCCUACUCCAGCACAGCCCCCCAUGAAUAACCAGCUAAAAUAUCCUGUACGGUAGCUCCGUUCCACUGUUUGACUAAGUUCAUUUAGUGGCAAUGGCCCUGCUUCAGGAAAACACUUAAGCACAUGCUCCGCUUUAAGUCUGAGUAAUUCCAUUGCAGUCAAUGGGAGUGCUUCUGGGCUUAAAGUUACACACAUAAUCAAGCGUAUUCCUGUACUGGAUCCAUGUACUGACCUGCUAUGCCUAAAGAUGUACAUGUGUAUUUAAUCAAAAUUCUGCAUCAGAUAUUUGUAUCCAAAUUAGAACAAAUAUAAACCAGCAUAUUACUCUAGUUGUAUGUUGGUGCAAUGCCCAAGGCCGGCUCCAGGGUUUUUGCCACCCCAAGCGGCAAAAAAAAAAAAAAUAAGUCGGGAUCGGCAGCAGCUCCACCGCACCGCUUUCUUCUUCAGCGGCAGUUCGGCGGCAGGGCCU